CAAGCCUUUGUAUGAUUGUAUCUGUGAUUAAAUUAUAAGCCAAAAUCAGACCAAAAUCUUCCUCCCUUCCCAACAAUUCACCCUCUCCACUAUUAAAUUUCACAAUCUCCACGCUACACUGCAGCCCCCAACACACUUCAAACUCCUAAGAAUAGUACACACUCCCCCGCCCCACUUCCACCCACAGCUAUGCGAGGAGCAGCAGCUGCAGCACCAAACCAUUGCCAUGGAUGCUAGUGCAAGCAACAAGCUCCUCCUCACUCUCCUCUGCCUCUCAGCAGUAGCGGCAGUGGCGGUGGGAGUGGUAGUGAAGGAAGAGCCCUAUGUGGGGGUGAACAUAGGAACGGACGUGUCUUCCAUGCUCUCGCCGACGGAGCUGGUGUCCCUCCUGAAGGUUCAGCAGAUCACCCACGUCCGCCUCUACGACGCCGAUCCCGACCUCCUCCGCGCCCUCUCCAGGACGAAGAUUAGGGUCAUCGUUGGCAUCCCCAACAACCAACUGCUGGGCAUCGGCUCCUCCAAUGCCUCCGCCGCCGCUUGGGUCAAGACCAACAUCGCCUCCUUCUAUCCCGACACCGCCAUCGUCGCCAUCGCCGUCGGUGACGAGGUCCUCACCACUCUCUCCUCCGCCUCCCCUCUCCUCCUCCCUGCCAUCGAGUCCCUCCACAAUGCCCUCGUCGCCUCCAACCUCGAUUCCGUCGUCAAGGUAUCUACUCCCCACCCGGCAGACAUCAUCAUCGACCCCUCCCCUUCUCAGGCCUUCUUCAAUCAUACCCUUGAGCAAUAUCUCCUCCCCCUUUUGUCCUUCCUCCGCAGAACCGGCUCGCCAUUGAUGCUCAAUCUCUAUCCCUACUAUGUCUUUAUGCAAAACAAAGGUGUGGUUCCCCUUGACAAUGCUCUGUUCCGGCCAAUCAGUCCCACGAAAGAGGAGGUUGAUCCCAAUACUUUGCUUCACUACACCAACGUCCUCGACGCCAUGAUCGAUUCCGCGUAUGUCUCGAUGGAGAACCUCAAUUUCUCGGAUGUGCCUAUCUUAAUCACAGAAACAGGGUGGCCUUCGAAAGGGGAUCCCAAGCAGGAGCCCUACGCUACAAUCGACAACGCCGACGCCUACAACUCCAACCUCAUCAAGCACAUACUCGACAAGAGCGGGACGCCAAAGCGGCCGGAGGUGACUCCGAGCGUCUACAUCUAUGAACUGAUGAACGAAGAUCUGAGAACCAGCCCUGCUUCCGAGGCGAAUUGGGGUUUGUUCUACGGGAACGGCACGCCGGUGUACCUUUUGCACGUCUCUGGAAGUGGGGCUUUCAUGGCCAAUGACACCACCAAUAAGACGUUCUGCGUGUCCAUGGAUGGAGCAGACACUAAGUUGCUGCAGGCAGCUCUUGACUGGGCUUGCGGGCCGGGACACGCGAAUUGCUCGGCGAUUCAGCCGGGAGAAGUGUGCUAUGAUCCGAACACGGUGAAGCACCACGCAUCUUAUGCGUUUGAUAGCUAUUACCAGAAGGAAGGGAGAGUCUCUGGUUCCUGUGAUUUCAAUGGUGUCGCCAUUAUCUCUACCACUGACCCAAGUAGCGGUGCUUGUGUUUUCCCGGGAAGUAUGAAGCCUGUCAAUAACUCUGUGAAGUCCAACAAUGUUACCGGACCAAGCAAGGCUUCCAGACUGGGAGAGAUGGAAAACCAUGGUCUCAACAUUGUCAACGUUUUGUUGGUAUUUUGUAUGGCAUUUGUAUUUGUGAAUUAUUAGAAAUCAAUGUAGCAUUUUUUGCCUGAUUUAUUUAUUUAUUUAUUCAUUUGAUGUUG